GGCUUUACCGUCUCACUAAUCUCUAUGUGACGGCUAGAGUGCUCUGUCUACGUUCAUGGGUAUGAAGACACCUCUCGCACUGUAGAGUCCGUAUCCGGGCUACUCCGAGCUCUCCGGUAUAAACACAUUGCGCUGAAAGGGCUUUUUUGGGGCCAGAAACGAGGACAUUUGUAUUCCUCCGAACGCAGGAUCCAGAAAUGUCCUGUUGACCACUAUGCAGAGCAGCGGAGCUGGAGGCUGAGGUGAUUCGGUUCUGGAGGAGUGACUGUAUUGAAAACCACAUAAAGAGAACGUCAUGAUGGAGAAUCACCAGCCCCUGAAAUCUCUAUGUGGAUUUAAAGAGUCUGUCAUUGAAUAUCAAGUCACUUAUAUUAAAGAGGAGCCUGUAUCGUGUAGAAGUCAUCUUGGUGAUGCUGACAUUUUUGUUCAUACACAACAAUAUGCAUCAACUCAUAUUAAGGAAGAACCAUUCUCCUAUGAAGAUGAAAAUCUAAUUUACUCGCAUAAGUAUACACCCACAGAUGGUAUACAACAGUAUUCAUCAACUUGUAUAAAGGAAGAACCAGCCUUUUAUGAUGAACUAACAGAGCAAGUCGGUUCUACCCCAAAAGUCUAUACACAUUGCAUGUCUACUCGUAUAAAAGAGGAACCAGUCUCAGGUGCUCAAGAAAACAGCACAGACCCCAACGUAUACAUGCGCUCAUGUCAUACACAGCAGUGUCUAUCUACUAUUAAAGAGGAACCAGACUCCUGUGAUGGUGAAUACAUGGCAAGUCCUGAUAAUAAUAGUCUCACAGAUCAUAUUCAACAGUAUCCACUCACUCAUGUAAAGGAGGAACUGGUAACAUCUGAUUGUGGAAAUCUUACAAACCUAAACAACUAUGCACACACAAAUUAUACACAACAAAGUUCAACCACUCAUAUCAAGGAGGAACCACAGUGUCAUGAAGAGGUACAUUUUCCAGUGUCAAAUACACAUACUCCUACACAUUAUAAAUUGCAGUACCAGACUCCUCAUAUUAAGGAGGAAGAGGUCUCACAGGAUGGAGAAAACUUUGGAGACCUUGUCCUGUAUACACCUAUAAAUCAUACACACCAUACAUCUGCUAAGAUUAAAGACAAUCCAGACUUAUGUUCUCAAGAAAACCUCAGUGACCCUAUCAUUUAUACUGCGACAGAUCAUACACUACAUUAUCUGUCUACUCAAAUUAAAGAGGAACCAGUUCCAUGUGACAUAAACCUCAAACACUCUGAUAUGUGUACCCCCUCAGAUCAUACACAACACUAUCCAUCUACUCAUAUUAAGGAAGAACCAGUCUCCCAUGUUGAUGGACCUCUCAAAAACAUGGAAAUGCCUACACCUAAAAAUCAUACACCGAAAACCUCUUCCAGUUUGGACAAUGAGCAAACGGAUUCAUGCAGUGAAGCAGAUUGCACAGACAUUUAUACAGCCCAAGAACAAAUACCAGUGAAUGUUGUCAUCCAGCAUGUGAAUAGAGGCAUUGGCUUACAAAAAAAUAAGUUGGAAUACAGUCAAAAUGGUAAUUGUUCUGUUUCAACAUACUAUCAAACUGCUCAACCUACAGACUUCACAUUUAAGUGCCUUGAGUGUGAGGCAUGUUUUACUAGUAAGUCAGACUUUGAAGAACAUCUCAUACUCCACAGGGGGAAGAAGACCCAUGUAUGUUCUCAUUGUGGCAAGUGCUUUUCUUACCAGUCUCAGCUUCUUAUACAUGAAAGGACUCACACAGGCGAGAAGCCUUUUAAAUGUUCCGAAUGUGGCAAAUGCUUCAACCAAUAUGUUCACCUCGCUAUCCACCUCAUGAGCCAUACAGGGGAGAAACCAUAUAUGUGUUCAGAAUGUGGAAAAAGUUUUAAUAGGAAAACUACUCUUACAAUUCACCAAAGAAUCCACACUGGUGAGAAGCCAUUCCACUGUCCUCAGUGUGGAAAGUAUUUUAAUACAAGCUCAAACCUCAUAAAACAUCAGCGCGUCCACACAGGAGAGAAACCAUACUCUUGUUCCCAAUGUGGAGAGCUUUUUGUGCACUACACCCAGCUUAUCAGACACCAAACCAACCAUACAGCAGAAAAGCCAUUUUCUUGCCCUGAAUGUGGAAAAUCCUUUUCACAAAAGGCACAAUUUGUUAGACACGAAAGGUUUCACAAAGCAGAUAACACCUACUCAUGUUCAGAGUGCAACCAAAGUUUCAAGCAAUACAAGGAUCUCCUAGUUCACCAAUCAGCUCACACAGGACAGAACCCCUUCAAAUGUCAAGAGUGUGGGAAACAGUUUGAGAACAAGUUGACUCUGGUCUCGCAUCAGAGAUUUCACUGUGGGGAAAUAACAUGUGGUAAAUCUUUUGGUUUAAACUCCAACCUUGCCAAACAUAAACAGGUUCAUAUAAAGAGGUCUUGUCCAAAAGUUGGAGAGUCCCUUGAUCACGAGACUCUGCUUGGUAGCUGUCAGGUUAGCUGCUCUGGAGAAGAGGCAUGGUCAUGUUCCGUGUGUGGGGAACAAUUUGGAGAGAAUAUUGCUCUUUUUGAGCACAUGAUGAUCCACAGAUAAUACAAAAAUAUUCCUUCCAUUAGAAUGUAAGAAUGGUGUGAUGACCUGUCCCAAGCAACAAACUCAGAGACACUGAGGAAUGAAGCUGCUGGAUCUUUUCAUAUGACUGUUUACAGCGAACUAUAUGUAUAAAAUACAUUCAUCUGUUUUGUCAUUUGUUUUAUAAAUUUUCAAUUGACCUAAUAUGUCUACAGCUAUUCAGUUUGUUAUAUCACCAGGUAGGGUAAGUUAAGGGGUUUUCCACUAAACACUCAUAACAUUGUUGGGGUGAGAUCACACAUUUUGGAAUUAAAGCUGUGGAAUCUGCACUGAAAUUCCAAAAUAAAUACAAUAUUAGCAAAUUGGGUCUUAACAAAUUCCAUUCAGUCACAGCAUUGAAACAUAUGCCGUGGACUUCAAAGCUGCAGCAUACCCUAUUCGUUGCGAAAAUAAUGCUGAGUUUCACAGCGGAUUUAAUUCAUUACCAUGCAGUAAGUGAAUUCUACAUGUUACAACACAAGUCUUUGUAUUCAGAGUUGCUUCUGGAAAAGUACUCCAUUCUACACAUCAAAGUACAGUACUGGGAUUUUCCAGUCCCCAUCUACAUGCAGCAGAUUUGCAAAUGCUGAUUGGACUUUGAAAUUUACAGCAUUUCCUCCAUUAAAUUCUAUAAU